CUGUUUCAAAAAGUUUCACACAGCUGAAGGAAUAGAGUCUCUCAGUUAAAGCUUUGGAAAUAAAUCGCGAAUCAAACAAACUCGCAGAAUAACAAUUAUCUAACAUGUCGAAGAUUAAGGAUCUUACCAAGUUCUCGGCUACACAACUACAGGAGUUUUUAAUGUCUUUCGACAUAGUGAUGUCCGAUAUCGACGGAGUCGUGAGACAAAUCAAUAAAGAUCCUAUCGAGGGUGCUAUGGAGUCUUUAGCAGCAAUGCAAAAAAUGGGAAAACAAGUGUAUCUAGUAACGAAUAAUAGCACAAAUGCAAUGGACGAUAUUUUUGAGAAUGCUCGACGUGCUUCUUUAAAUCUGAGUUCGGACCGCAUAAUUAACACUAUCAAAGUGAUCGUCUGGUACUUGAAAAAAAUCGAUUUUCGUGACGAAGUUUUCGCCAUUGUUUCAGAGUUGUCUCGUAAUAUAUUAAAAGAAGCAGGGAUACGAUUAGUAGAGGAACCAAAAGCAUAUGAAACUAAUGCAAAAGCAAGCGUUAAAGAAGUUUUGGAUAGACCAUCUGUUAAAGCUGUAAUUGUUGAUUUCGAUCUACAUAUCAAUUGGUCAAAGCUAGCUUUGGCCAUAUCGUGCCUUAAACGUAAAGAUGUGUUGUAUAUAGCUGGUGUAACGGACGAAUGGUUUAAUGUACAAACAUCACCACAUAAAAUUAACAUUUUAGGUGGUGGACCAUUAAUAAAUGUUAUUAGUGCACAAAGCGGAAGGAAGCCAAUUUUAUAUGGGAAACCUAGUGAAAUUUUAAGAGAUUACAUUGUAGAUACGUGCAACGUGACCGACCCACGCAGAUGUUUGUUUAUUGGUGACACGGCUGAUCAAGAUAUGAAGUUUGCCUCAAUGUGCGGAUUUAUGAAGCUUUUCAUCGGCUCGGGAUGCAACACUCUGGAAGAGACGCAAAAGGAAGAGGAUACCUGCCCUGAUUAUUAUCUUCCCACUUUGGGCCAAUUAUUUUCUGCCUAUACAAGUCCACAGUGUUAAUACACAGUCGAUGAUAAGAAUAGUUAAUCAUUUAUUCCUUAGUAGGAGAAUAAACAAUUACUGAUAACAUUAAUUCCUCAAA